AUGAUGGCGAGUGUUCCGAAAACUGAACCCUUGACGUGCUUCAUGAUGGGCCUUGACUUCUGGCCUCGGGACAUGUGCGUCAUUACACUGCAGCGGUUCCGCCAGGACUCUCCCAAGGCCCGUCGCUUCUUCCUGGGCGACACAACCCGGAUCAUGCUGGAUAAUGCUCAUUCCAAGUACGCCGCCACCGAAAGCAACCUGCCUCUCUUUACCCUGGGCUUUGAGCUCGCCACGCGAUGA